UAAAUUUCUGAGUUCUCAGACCAUGUUCACAAUUGAGAAUGACUUCCCUAAAUGGCUUUACAUACACCUAACUACCAUUUCUGCCUACCAAGCCCUGUCCCCAGCUCUGCCACAACUCUUCUUAGGGCUUCAUAAAUGUUCUGUAUGUUCAGACACUGUCUUUUCUAUAGCUAAAUAUUAUUUCAUUUCAUCUUUCUGUAAAAUAGAGGCUUGUUUUAUUCCAAUAAUUCAAAAUAAUGUUUCUUGAAAACGAUUUAUAUUUCAAAAACAUUGAAACUAUUUCUUGUCCGAACAAUAAAGCUUAUUUUAAUUUGUUAAUUGAAGAGCAAGGGGGAACUGAGAGCAAAUGAGCAGAGAGAGAGAACGCAUGCGCAGUGGGGGCAGGGAGGGAGGGCUGAGGGCGAGAGAGCUAGCGAGACAUACACGUAGAGAGAGAGAGAGUUGGCUAAUGGGUUUGAGGAGCAGAGAGAAACACACAGACAGAGUGACGGACAGAGCUGGGGGGGUAUCCUCUGCUAGCCUCUCACACACACACACACACACACACACACACACACACACACACAGUGCUAACAAGCAGCCAGCAGAGCCUGCCGACCAGCAGCCAUGAUAGACACCGAUAAGGUCAUUACAGUUCAGGGGGACUGUUACCAACGAUGGCUCUGUCACCAAUCAAAACUGUCCAUGCUGAUCUGUUGCCAAACAGGGGAUGCAUAAACGACUCUCUGAGCGAGGCACUAAAGGCUAUCAGUGUGAGUACAGAGCUGAUUGAGGAGGAGCUCAAGCCUCAUUUGGACACAGUGCUGGCUGCUCUGCUGGAAAAGAAGAAAGAUGCUGCUGUUGAGAUCGUCAGAAGUGGGAUUCUACCCACACUGGCUCAGGCUUUACGGAGUAAAUGCAGCCUGAGCUGCCAGGUGGCUCUGGUGGUGGCAGAGAUGGCCCGAGAAGCUGCAGUCAGGGAGCCAUGCAUUGAGGCAGGCCUGGUGAAGGUGCUCGUUCCCCAUCUGAACAGCAAUAACCAGGAGAUGCUGCUGAACACUGGCAGGGCCAUCGGACGCAUCUGCUUUGACAACUCAUACCAACAGGACCAGUUAGUCCAGAGUGGUGUAAUCCCCCGACUGGUGUCCAUAAUAAGAGAGUAUCCAGAGAACGACCCUCUGGUCAACGUCUGCCUGCUGGCGCUCUGUAACCUGGCUGACAUGGACUCUGCACGGGAUGCCCUGGCAGAGCUGGACGUCGCCGAUGUACUGACAUUUCAGCUGAAACGGGCGCCUGAUGCUGAACGCAGACACGUCAUCCUGGAAAUACUGGGCUCACUGAGCGAGAGUGAUACACUGAAGCUGCAGUUUGCAGAGUCAGGAGUACCAGAGGCUUUAUCAGAGAUGAUUAGGGCUCUGCAGGGAGGUUCUGACCCCCAUGACCUCUGCAGCAUCAAGAUUGCCUCCAACCUCAUAGUGUCCCUGCUUUUAGGAGAUGAGUCUAUGCAGAAGUGUUUUGGUGAGGGAUCAGGUCUGGUGUAUCAGGAUGUUCUGUCCUGGCUGCAGAGCUCCAACACCCAGCUGCAGCUGUCUGGAGCCCUGGCCAUCGCCAACUUCGCCAGGAACGACAGUAACUGUGUGAAGAUGCUGGACCUGGGCGUGGUUCCUCACAUCCUGACCGUGUUGGAGCAGCAUGUCGAUGAAGGAGACGUGUCUGUUCAACAUGCUGGACUGAGCGCGCUCAGAAACCUGGCCAUUCCUGCCACCAACAAAGUGCGGAUGCUGGAGGACGGGGUGACUGAGAGGAUAAAGACCCUGCUGCGCUCCGACAUGCCGCCAGUUCAGUUCAAACUGCUGGGUACACUACGCAUGAUGGUGGAUGGACAAGAGGAGGCAGCCCUGGUGCUGGGUCGAGAUGCUGUGCUGCUGGCUCGGAUCAUGGAGUGGUGUGAAGCCAAAGACCAUGCAGGAGUCCGAGGAGAAGCCAGUCGCCUAUUGGCUGCCCUCAUCAGACACAGCCGCAGUCCUGAAGUUGUCCAUGCUGUAACCAAAGCAGAUGGGGUUCGGCACCUUAUCUCCAUGGCAACAAGUGAGCAUGUCAUCAUGCAGAACGAGGCCCUGGUUUCCCUGGCGAUAGCAUCUGCCGUUGACAUUGAGUCUAUGAAGAAUCCAUUUAUGGACGCGGAGCUGUUGCCCAUGCUGAAGAAGAUGUUGGAGGAUCCUGUAGGGGCAGUCGAAGUCAAGUUCAGUGCUUUAGGUCUCAUCUGCAGCCUGGCUAACUCCAGUGUGAUGAAGGAGGAGUUGAACUCUGUGAAUAUGAAGGAAAGCCUCAGUAAACUGACAGAUCAUAGCAGCAGUAAACUUGCCUCGCAGGCCAGCUCCAUACUGGCCAUUCUCGGUGACACCAGCUAAACCAGCACGCUGCAGCAACAAAGGAUCUCAUCUGCUGUAUGGAUUUAUCCAGCUUAUUCAAUGACAUACUUUAAUCCAAAUUAUCUUACUGCACAGAUACUGCUUAAUUUUGAAUUGGCUUCUUUGUGGCAAUAAUUACUAAUUGAAGACAAGGAAGACUGUAUGUCCCCAAUAGCUUCUGUUCAAAGAAGGAAUAAACCACAUAAUGACAA